GCACCACCAUUAAAUCAGUCAUGUGGCUCUAAUCCUUAGAUGGUCGGUCCAAUGUUAUAUCAAAGUCAUCUGUACUCAGCAGACUGUACCAAUAAUCACAAUCCCUGAAUUAGUCACGUUUCUGUGUGCUCUGCUCUCUCGUUUAUAAAAAUGAAAGCGACUCUCGCACCCUCUUCUCUGACAAGCCUCCCUUACCGAACCAACUCAUCCUCUUUCGGCUCAUCAUCGUCAUCGCUUCUCUUUCGGUCUCCAUCAUCUUCAGCCUCUAUGACGACGACAGCACGUGGGAACGUGGCUGUGGCCGCUGCUGCUACCUCCACUGAGGCGCUACGUAAAGGAAUAGCGGAGUUCUACAACGAAACGUCGGGUCUGUGGGAAGAGAUUUGGGGAGAUCACAUGCAUCAUGGCUUUUAUGACUCUGAUUCUUCCGUGCAACUCUCUGAUUCUGGUCACCGAGAAGCUCAGAUCCGAAUGAUUGAAGAGUCUCUCCGUUUCGCUGGUGUUACUACUGAUGAAGAGGAGGAGAAAAAGAUAAAGAAAAUAGUGGAUGUUGGAUGUGGGAUAGGAGGAAGCUCAAGGUAUCUUGCCUCUAAGUUUGGAGCCGAGAGCAUUGGCAUUACUCUCAGCCCUGUUCAGGCCAAGCGAGCCAAUGAUCUCGCAGCUGCUCAGUCACUCGCUCAUAAGGUAUUUUAA